CCAGGUAGCACCUCCCCUCGGAAUACAAGCCCCAUUCCUGCUGAGAUGCGCCGUAGGCUUAGCCGUGUUAGAAUGUGUCCGUCACAAGGAGGGUGGGUCUAAGCGGCUGGGCCCCUGGCCGAGAGCAUUUCAGCUGCUGCGGGGGGCGCGGGCCGCAGUCUGUCCUCCGUGCUGCCGUAGGACGAGGUGGAGCUUAGCGGAGCGCGCGCAUCGCGGUGGCCUGGGUGCUGGGACACCUGAGUAAAACAGAAGAGGAACUUGUCUCCCACGACUUACAGUCUAGUAGUAGGUGCUUGCUGAAGACAACAUACCCAGAUCACUACUGCCUGGAAGUGAUUGUUAGAUCCUGGUACAAACCCAAGAAGCGGGAAGGACAACAUGGACCAGCAACUGAAGACAAGGGUGGAGACGCGCAGCCAGAAGGGCCUGGGUACAAGAGCUCCCGGUGAGGCUAAGCCAGGGCCGGCCGAGCCCCAGCCCACCCAGCAGAAGCCUUUCAACAUGACAUCGGCCGUAGGCACUGAAGAUGUGUACCAGGACAGCAGCCACCAGGCUGUUGGAGAAGAUUCCUUCUGUGACUGUUACAUAGAAUGCAUAAUAAGAGGGGAGUUUUCUGAACCUAUCCUGGAAGAGAACUCUCUUCUUAAGUCCUUUGAGUACCUGGAAGGAGGAUCAGAACAAGACCUUUCUCAGCAGGGUCUUGUAGCAAGUUCACUGCUUGAAUGCUCCCUGGAAUACAUGCAAAAGGAGGCAAAAGAAGUUCCUCAACAGAUUGUUGGAGAGAAUUCACUUGUUGAGCACCCUGAGCACACGACAGGCAAGAGGCCUCUGCAGGGAGGAGUUCCCAGCCUUGACGUCUCAGAUCCUGAACAGCUCGCAGAGUCGGUUCCAAACGAAGAAUAUAAUGCUCUGGGGCAAAUUGCUUGUCCUCAGCAUGGAUGCACAAGAAAGUUUAAAAGUAAGGCCUCCAUGAAGAAGCAUCUCGUCGUGCACGGUCCCCGACACCACGUGUGCGCAGAGUGCGGGACAGCUUUCCACGAGGGCGCGAAACUGAAAAGGCAUUUCCUGGUUCACACCGGAGAGAAGCCGUUUCAGUGCACUUUCCAAGGGUGCGGGAAACGCUUUUCCCUGGACUUCAAUUUGCGCACGCACGUGCGCAUCCACACCGGGGAGAAACGUUUUGUCUGUCCCUUUGAAGGCUGUCACAGGAAGUUCACUCAGUCGAAUAACCUGAAAGCUCACCUCGGAACUCAUGUGAACACCAGACAAAACCCGUGAAAGAGAAGAUCGAAAAUAAUCCUCAAGGAGAAGCCUAUUAACGAGAGUGAGUGGAGACAAAUAUGCCGAUUGCCUAUGGUUUCUAAGAAGGAAAUUUAAAAUCAAUGUUACAAUCCUACAAGGCAUAAUUUUAAUGUUACGCUCCUGUGGCCUCUGAUGCCAUUUUACAACAUUGUGUACAGGAUUAUAGUGUGCUUCAAGCAGGAAGGUCAGGAAUGCAUUUACUUCAAAAGCGUAAUCCUUAAUACAUUCUGAAUUGGAUUAUUGGACAUGGGACUUAAUUGUCACAUGCUUUAUCUCUUUAUCUUUAAAAUGAAAUUAAUUUGUUUUUUUUAACUUUGUAAUUUCUAAUUGUUUCACUUUUGUCUUUCAGGAAUAUACUUCAUGCUACAUGUGAUAAUCCUAGAGAAUGAAAAUUUUGCAGUAGACUCUAUGUGAAUGGGUAGUUAAACAUUUUUUAAAAGUUCCAUCUGUAUUUUAAUCUUUUUUUUUAAUCAUUGUUUCAGGUGAUAUUGAAAUCCUAGCUAGAUGUGGGUGGUUAUUUGAUAGUGUCAAUGCAAUUAAAGCCAUUUUAGAUAUUUUUAAAUAAAAGGGAAUAAAGCCCUAGAAAUAUAAAUCAAAGAAGUUUGUGUUAAAAAGAUAUACCAUUUAUUUGUCUUUGAAAUUGGCAAACCAUUGCAAAGAUUGACAGUUCAGGAUUGGUGCGUGGUGGUGAAAAAUUACCCUUCUACAUGAUUGGUUUAGAGAUCAGUUCUCACAGCCAUUUUGGAGGGUGUUUUGCAAGUGAGAUGUAAGUUUCCUAGGGCUGCCAUAACAGUGCCACCAACUGGGUGGCUUUAAGGAAUACAGAUGCCUAUCGGUGUGGGGGCUAGAGGUUCAAAGUCAAGGUCUUGGCAGGACUGCUUCUUCUGAAGGCUGUGAAGGAAAAAUCUGUCCAAGCAUCUCCCUUGAUACGUCUUCGUGUUUACGUGGUGUACUCCCUGUGUCUUCACCUUACUCCCUCUGCAUGUCCAUGUCCAGAUUCUUUCUUACAAGGAUACCAGUCAUACUGGAUUGGGAUCCACACUACGGACCUCAGUUUUAACUUACCUCUGGAAAGACCCCAUCUCCAAAAUAAGGUCACAUUCUGAGGUCCUUGGGGUUAGGAUUUCAACAUGAAUUCUUGGGGGUACACAGUGUAACUCAUCAUGUCAAAUCUUUUAGACCCAGUAAUUUCUAGAAUUCUAUGGAAAUAGUUGCACUCACAUACAAGAUGUUUUUGUUCAAAGGGAAUUUUUCCAAGGGUGUUAACGGAAGCAUAUUUUUAAUAGUAAUUCAUAACUUCAGUGUCUCUUAAAAGGGAACAAGUUGCAUAAAUCAUAAUACCUCCAUUCAAUAGAAAACGUGCAAAUAUCUCUAAAGGAAGUGUGGCUGGAAAGGGAAGGAAAUAGGACCACAGUUACAGGGAGUAGGAGGAAGU